UUGUGGUCCGACAGGACACAAACGAAUGUCCGGACGUUCCACCAGAACCGAGUCCAUUCCCACAAACCAGAGGAACUAAAGGAACCGACAUACAAGUCUCUCAGUUCCAACAAGGACCUCGAAAUUACUACCAAUUUUCCAACCUCAAGGUUACUACCCACCACACAAGGCUUCCGAACCUACCUCCUCAGCCUAUGCCUUACUGCCCCAACCUUGGUUGUUCCAGCAAGGCUCACCAGCAAGCUCCACCCCAGGCAAUUCCAAUCUCAUGUCCAAGAGAAGACCAGAGACUGCGAAGAAAGGUCUAACCGCUUACGCAAAAGAGUAUGCUAA